CUGUUUGCCUCUCUUGCAGGUGUGCUUUGGAAUCUCUCGUCCUGUGAUGCAUUGAAGAUGCCAAUCAUUCAGGACGCACUGGCUGUUUUAACUAAUAGCGUCAUUAUACCCCACUCCAACUGGGACUCCUCCCCCAAUCACCAUGAUGACCGCAAGCUCCACCUUCAUACUUCCCAGGUGCUGCGCAACGCUACCGGCUGUCUCAGGAAUGUAAGCUCAGCAGGUGAGGAGGCAAGGCGAAGGAUGAGGGAGUGUGACGGCCUGACGGAUGCUCUGCUCUUCGUUAUCCAGACCUCUCUAGGCAGCAGUGAGAUCGACAGCAAGACUGUGGAGAACUGCGUAUGCAUUCUAAGAAAUCUGUCUUAUCGCCUGGCUGCUGAGACUUCCCACGGCCAGCAAGGAGGUUUGGAGGAGCUGGAUGGCCUGCUUUGUGACGCCAAUGGCCACGAGGGAGAGAGCUCUGGCUGCUGGGGCAAGAAGAAGAAGAAAAAGAAGGGAGUCGACCAGUGGGAUGGUGUGGGCCCAUUUCCAGAUACGCCUGAACCCCCCAAGGGGGUUCAAAUGUUGUGGCACCCAACUAUUGUCAAGCCCUACCUCACCCUGCUUUCUGAGUGCUCAAAUCCUGACACCCUAGAGGGCGCGGCCGGGGCUCUGCAGAACCUGGCUGCAGGCAGCUGGAAGUGGUCAGUAUACAUCCGAGCUGCCGUCCGCAAAGAGAAAGGCCUUCCCAUCCUGGUUGAGUUGCUGAGGAUAGACAAUGACAAAGUGGUGUGUGCUGUCGCCACUGCUCUCAGAAACAUGGCUCUAGACAUCAGGAACAAGGAGCUUAUUGGUAAAUAUGCCAUGAGGGAUUUAAUCCAUCGACUACCAGGUGGUAGUAGCAGCACCAAUAAUAAUGCCACCAGCAUAGGAACCUCUGGGACCACUGGCUCUGUCUGCAAGACCAUGUCAGACGACACAGUAACUGCCAUCUGCUGCGCACUGCAUGAAGUCAUCACAAAGAAUAUGGAAAAUGCAAAAGGCCUACGAGAUGCCGGUGGUAUUGAAAAGCUCAUCGGGAUCGCCCGUAGCAAAGGAGACAAACACUCGGCGAAGGUGGUAAAAGCAGCCUCUCAAGUCCUCAGCAGCAUGUGGCAGUACAGAGACCUGCGCUCACUCUACAAAAAGGACGGUUACUCCCAGCAUCACUUUGUGGGCUCUGCUUCAACAAUAGAAAGAGACAGACAGAGGCCAUACUCCUCUUCAAGAACUCCCUCCGUUUCUCCUGUCAGGACCUCCCCAAAUAAUCGCUCUGCAAGCGCUCCAGCCUCCCCCAGAGAGAUGAUGAGUCUGAAGGAACGCAAGAUGGACUAUGAUUCCACGGCAACCAACGCUGGUUUCCAUGGCAACAAAGGAGAGCAUGCAUCCCGGAAAGACGGCAUGGCAGUUCAAGUAUCAUGCGGAACAUCUACGUUGUUCCGAAACUCUUACUUGACCAACAGCGAUGAUAUCAAGCAAAACCAGAUUCCGGCCCAGCCCUGCAUCGUGCCCCCUCAGCCCCAGCAGGACAGCCCAUCAGCAGCUGUGCUAAAAGACUACGACUCCUACCCUCCCCCUCCGUCCUUCCCCCAGCCUCAACCGCCACAGCCUCCACCUCACAGCCAGAGCCGGAGCUUUGAUGAGGCCUACUACGAGGACCAGGGGCCAUCGCCUCCACCAUCCCAGCCACCAGUCCCACCUCAAGCUCCGCCUCAGGCCCAACCCCAACAGCCUCCCAGCUCCACUGGGCCACCCCGGGACCCGCGGGAAGAUCUGCGAAUGCAUCUGGGCCUCAAGUCCACCGGCAACUAUGUAGACUUCUACUCGGCCUCUCGGCCGUACAGCGAACUGAACUACGAGACCAGCCACUACCCAGCCUCACCUGAUUCCUGGGUCUAGUGCGUGAUGGAGCCAGGUGGAUGACUGCAAUUUUUUGUCUGAAAGGGAUUAUUUUUGCAGGAGCUUAAGUGGCUACAUAUGGCAACUUGGGAAGAAAAAAAAAGACCUUGAUGCCAAAUCUUUUGGCGGGAAAAUUGUGUUUGUUUGUUUUUUGCCAACAAUCAAGACAGAGCCAGAUGGGGUUAAAAAUGAUGUCAGAUGGUACGAUAAAGAGAGACUGUGCAUGUGCAUGCAGACAUUUUUCUUUAUUUCAGAACAUUUUUCUUUCCUUUCAAGUUGGCUCCAUUUCAUCCCUUAGUGGAGCUCGUAGAAGCUGAUAUGAAGGAGUGUCCAAGACAGGGUGCUCUAUGAAUAAGAAUGAAAAUAUAAAAAGAAUGAGAGUGUAUGCAAAUGCACCAGGGGAAAGAAAAGAUAAGAUGAAGAAAUAAAGGGGAGCUGAAGAGGAGAGGCUCUCACCCUGUAGGAGCUGGAAUUGGCCUGACCUUCUCUUGUAAACAGAGAAAAGGAGAUGCUACUGAACAAGAUGAUAUGAGGUUUUUGAGGAGUUCAGAAAGAAUAAAAGCACAAUGAAAGAUGAAAGCACACCAGGCAGAAAGGUGAGAAGUGGAUGUUUACCAUUUCACCAAAGCGACAAACGUAGCACUGGUUUCUAUCCGACAUUUUUUGUUGCCAUGGUCUUGGCCUUAAAGUGUGUUGUCAGCGAAUGUUUAACUUUAAGAGACUCUAUUUGGUCGUCAGUCAUUAGCAUUUUUAUUUGUAUUUUUCUACAUUUUCCCUUACAUUUCUUUUUUAUUUUUUGUGUAGAUAAAAAGGUAAAACAAUGUCCAUGUUAUAAUCUUUUUUUAAUGAUGGGACAUUUGACUGAAUCUACAAAAUAAUCAAAAUUAAAGGAAAAUCUGAACAUGAGCCUCAGAUAAAACAAACAUUGUAUAUCUGGACAGGAAGCCCUGCAGUAUUUGUGUUUGUUUUUUUCUUCUCCAUCAGGUGAAUUUCAAAGUGGACAUUACUAGAUGAAAAGAUAUUGGCAGGACAGCAUUGUAUCUGAAUCCCGGUGCUUUUUCACUGCCUGAGGAGUACAUUUGUUUUCUUAUAGCGCACUGUCUUUGGAAACGGUCACCCAUUUGACUUUGGAGGUUUGUAAUGUUUGAUAGUGUCCACUAUCAGUGGUUUAUCAUCUUUUUUUUUUUUUUUUCGGUCAAAAGGCUGGUCUGUCAUGCCAUGAAUAUUGUACAUGUCAUUGUACAGUAGAGAUAAAGAAAAGAGUGAGGUGACAUUGUGCCAAACUUUGAAGCACCAGUCCUACAGGACACUUUUAGAAAGUUCUGUUGAAGUUUACAGACUAUGACUCCAUGACUCCUUCUACUGUAACUUUUAUUUUCUUGUGUGUUAAUCAGGUGAGGCUGUAUAAAUUAUUUCUGGGGGGGGUCAUGGGUAACUUCUGGCCCCUAUACAUGUACAGACUUGCCUCCAUGUGUUGGCCGAGCAUGUGUGAACGUGUGCGUGUGGACACUUGUGUGUUUGUGUUUGUGAGUAGGUGCAUGUAUGUGAGAGAGUCUGUAAGUGUGCACAUAUAAACCUGAGCGAGUGUAUCUAUGCAUGCAUGUGUGUAAUCGUGUGCGUGUGCUUCUGUGCGUGUGCGUGCGUGAGCAUUCCUGUGUAAACCAAUGUCCAAACAAGGCAUUCCUACUGACAGCUUGUCUGAUUUUACAACAUAGAAAGGUAAAAAUCACUAGAAUAAAAUGUUGAUAUAGAAUGGCAAAGCUAUAAAUACAUGAAUAUAGGUAUAAAUAUAAUUAUACAUAUGUAUAUAUAUAUAAUUUUUAUGUGCUGAUGUCAAUGUCACUAAAUGCAACAAAAUGUUCACAGAGAAAAAAUAUGUGCUGUACAACAGGACUCAGUUAAUUCAAGCAUUGAUGCUGUUGAUCAGAACCCCCUGCUGCCCCCCCAACCACAGUCUAAAUGAAACAGAAAUCCCCCCCCCCCCCCCCCCCCCCCCCCAAAGUGCUCAGGCUCUGGUGCGAGUUGUGCGUUAUUGUGUGUCCAUGCUUCUUAGAUGAGCCCGCUGAGAGAGGAGCAUACUUGAACACGAGAAAAAAUAAAGACAAAAAUAAAAGACUCUUUGCAAUCAAA